AUGCUGCAAUUGCUACAUCGAUACAAAAUAUCGAUAUUUUCCAUGGAUCGAUGUUUUUUCGACAUUCCUAGGCAUCACACUUUUGCUGUCAGUUUGGGCAGCGGGUUUUCGCUGUUUUGUUUAUUUGUGGGUGUAUUUACGUUUAAUGUAUUAUAUUUAGCGUUUUUACGUGAAUAGUUGUUAAAACAAAUAUGUAAAAAAUUUAAGGAGUAGCAAGCGCUUGUAAAGUAACUCAGUGCGAAGUGUUUAAAAAUGCCUAAACCUAAAAAAAAUUUAUCAAGAAAAUCGAGAGGCGCAAGGGCAAUGGCCCGCAAACGGAGAAUGAUAUUCGCGGCGCGAGAAGAAGCAAUAAAUCAACUAAAUUAUACAGCAACUAAGGAGCAACUUCGAGAACUCAAAAGCAAACUGGCUGAACGCAAAUAUUAUUUUACUGAUCAGCAAACGCAAGUGCUUCUGCAAACAAUAUGUGAUACAGUGAAAGAUCAACCUGCGUGCUUUGAGAAACCGACAUCAGAGAUAUUUUAUAAUACAAUCAAGAGCAAAGCGCCCAUUCUAAAAAAUUUUGCCUGGACAUCAUUGCGAAACAAGAUGCAAGCCAUACGGGCAUGGUACUUGGAGACUUUACAGUGGAAAGAGAAAGGCAUCGACCCUACAUUGGUGGUCAACUCCAAAAGAUUGCGUAAUAUCGUGAAGUAUGUUGAAAAGUUAUCGCCCUUUUGGGAUACACUCGGUGCUAUUUUUAACCACAACAAAAUUGGUAGACCAAGUGUGGUGUAUGACACCGCUCAAGACGUUGAGCUGAAAACAAGUACUUUCGAUAGUAGUUCCAACGAUUCAAACGACGUUCAAUUAGUACUGAAGUAUGAGGCUACUGAUCCACAGUAUUCAACAUCGCAGAGCUCAUCCGAUUUUACAACAACGAUUGUCAACAGGAGCACCUUGGAGACUCAAACAAUGCCACAGAGCAUUAUGGAAGCUACACAAACCAUCGCUGAUAAUAGUGCAGCUACAACAACAACAACUCCGCCAAAUACAGACACUAGCAAUCGCAACGGUUUAAUUGACGACAAUUUGGAAUUUAUCAAGCUUGAGCCUGACAGUCCACAACCUUCAAUGUCACAGCGCUCAAUAAAUUUUAAAUUGAGUCCACGUGAGACUGCGCAACCAUUGCAAAAUUCGCAGUUGAUUAAAGAACAGAACUCAACAUUGGAAAGGGAAAAAAUAGAAUUGGAAAGUGAAAAGCUUAAAAUAGAAAGAGAAAAAUUAGAACUAGAAAAAGAAAAAGUGCGAAAUGAUUUUGAGCUGAAAAAAUUAGCAUUACAAAACGAAUUUGAGUUAAAAAAAGUCGAAAUUGCAUUACGCGUGGAAGCCGAUGAGAGAUUAAAAAGAUAUGAAAUUGACUUAAAAUCUUUUAAGCCCUUGGUGGAAAUGGGCUCUAAAGUUUCCUGUAACAUCGGCUCAUAUAAACGCCGUAUAAUUGAGAAUUUCAAGCAGUUCACUCCGUUGCGUUACUUUCAUUAUAGCCAGAGAGGUAAGCUUUUAUUCUGCUCGUUGGGGAUGAAUUUCCAAAAUAAUUUCAAUGCGGUAGCAAAUACAUCAAAAACAAAUUCUAAUAACAAACGUGGUAACAUCGAAGCUAGAAUUGAAGCGCGACGAGCAUGGAGAAAGGCGUACAUGAAGAAAUAUCGGGCUCGAAAAAAACGUCAGACCGAUAUUGUACUCGAUCAAGUUAGUGCUAAAUUUUCGAGGGAUACAAGUGAAGAUUCAACGCCUAAUGAAUAUCUGGGUAUGCUGCAGCAAAGAAAUAAGAAAGCACCUGCCCGCUCACGAAACUACCAAGAUCGGCAAAGAAAUAGGAACAGUGCACUAGCACCUGCCUACUUCCAAUCAAUUGAAACAGACACAAUAUCUGAGCCUGAUUCCUACCAUUCAAAUGACGGUAAAUUAGUGCUGAAGUUUGAGGCUGCGGUUCCGCAGUCUUCAACGUCGCAGGCCUCAUCCGAUUUUAAUACAACGAUUGCCAAUAGGAGCACCUUGGAGAGUCAUACAAUGCGACAGACCAUUAUGGAAGUUACACAAACCCCCACUCACAAUAGUGUAGCUACAACAACAACCACUCAUAAUGCGCAUGCUAGUGAUCACAACGAUUUAAUUGAUAAUAAUUUGGAAUUUAUCAAGCUUUGGCUUGGAAGUCCCCAACCUUCAACCUCGCAGAGUCCGUUUGAUAGCGCGCAACAAUUGCAAAAUAUGGUUUUCAAUAAAGUACAGAAUUUAGCAUUAGAAAAAGAACAAGUAGAAUUGGAAAGGGAAAAACUUAAAAUGGAAAGAGAAAAAUUUAAGUUAGAAAAAGAGAAAGUGCGUAAUGAUUUUAAGUUGAAAAAAUUUGCAUUAAAAAACGAACUUGAAUUAAAAACAGCCGAAAUCGCAUUACGCGCAGAAGCCGAUGAGAGAUUAAAAAAAUAUGAAAUUUACUUAAAAUCUGGUUAAAUGAAAUCUAAUGUUAAAUAUCUAGUAUUUAGAAAUACAUACAUACAUACAUAUGUAAAUACAUACGUAAAAUUUAAUACAUAUGUUUUUAAUAAUAUUAAAAUAACGCAAAUUUAUAAUGUUUUUUCGAAAUUAAAUUCUUGGAAGUUUGACAAUUUGAAAUACCGUUAAUUUUACAUUUAAAUAUGUUUUAAUAUUAAUUUACAAGCCUACUAUGUACAUACAUACAUACAU